CAAAUCGCGCCUAGAAAUUUAUUCUCCAAAAAUCAAUACCAAUACGCCAUAUUUUGACAACUGCACUCGACCUCACGCACUCACAUCGCUUGAUAAACUGCCGAAUGUUUGACGGUGCGCCUUUUUCAAUCGUCGACGGCAGCUAAUAGGCUAUCGUAUAUUCGACAUCGCCAAACCAACCCAAUACAUCUUUUGGGUAUUGGCCGUAAUCAAAUCCCAGUUCCCUUUUCCCUAAACUCAUCGCCAUGAAAUAUCUCAUCAAGCUUGAGUCUACGUUUAAUUCACCUUAACAUUCAACCUUCAACCUUUAACAAACCUAACCUUAUUUAUUGACACAUUGACCCGCCUUUACCGCUUACAGACUGUCAACUACCAACUUUUCCGAUCAUUCUACCUUAAUCUCAAUUAAUCGCCAGCUUCAUCGAAUUCUUUCGGAUCCCUUUCGCAUCUUCCAUCUACACGAUCGCCCGGUCGCAAACAACAGUACGCUUGCCAUUAUGGUCUCAUCAAGAAAGCGCGCCUUGCGCGAUGUCGAACCCGAUGCCGACACGCAAGAGAUCCCUCGAGAGUUAACCUUGCUUCAGCGCAUCAGGAACACUUGGCAAUUUGCCAAUCUGUUUCAGUGGAUCUACCUAUUCGGCAAGGUAGUCAAGAUCGACGAUAGUAUUGAUAUAGAUGACCUCGAAACCGAAUGUCUGAAGCCUCGUUCUUCCGUUUUAGUCAAUAUUGGUCUUGCCCUACUCAAAUUCGUAUCGUCACAUCGUGGCUUGACGCCGGACCUCUUUGACGAGUACACACGCCGACAAUAUGUUGCAAAGGCACCCGAUCGAAACCCAUUCGGCACUGCCGAGACACCUGCCAAGUUUGAUGACUUCGACGCCUUCACAAAGCUCAAAGUUUUACAGCAGCUAACCCAAUGGGUUAUGUUGCAUCCCGAACGCAUCCGAGAAAAGAUGGAUGAGCAGAAACCAAGUGACCAAACCGAAUGGAGAAUCGAACCGUCUGGCUGGGACAGUGAUGAUCGUACCUACUAUAUCCUAGAUGAUAACCGGAUAUACCGUAUGACAGAGACCCCUCCCGCACCCUCGCCCUGGAAGCCAAAGAAGAAUACCAAGAAAGCCAAAGCCGCGGCGAGGGCCGCCAAAAGGCGUCGCGUGUCAAGGUCUACUGCACAAAACGGCGAGGAUGCUGACGAUGGCACUGCCUCGGACGCCGACCAACCUACCGAGUUAGAAGACGAUGGUCUUGGGAAUGCAAAGUGGGAGUGCAUUGCGACGAACCUUUCCGAGGUACAAAAUUUCCUCGACACCAUUCGAAAAACUCGAGAUGAGAAUGAGAAGGUCUUGAGGACUACCGUUGAAAAUCAUCUGCUUCCUAUUCUAGAAAAGCAGGAGGAGUCACGAAAGAGAAAGGCUCUACAGAGAGAGAAAGAGCUUCUCAGUCUAGAAAAGAUGGCGCAUGCUAAACGAUCUAGUCGUCUUGCCAACAAGGCUGAGCAACAGCGAUUAGAUCAACUAGCUAAGGAAGACGAGCAGAAACGCCGCGCAGAGGAGGCUACGGCUCGUAAGGAAGAACAGAAACGAAUCAAGAUGGAGAAGGAACGUGACAACCGUAUGAUGUCGCGCACGCAACGACUCAAGGAACGAGACAUCCGCCGGCGACAGCACGAAGACGAAUUAGCUCAACUAUCUGAGGAUAGCAAGAAUUUAAGCACAGGGGCUGGUCGAUUAUCCGAAAGGCGGCUAAAGGCGGAAAUCGAGAAGAAUAGGCAAGCCCUACAGGAUCUCGAAGAGGAAGAUGAUUGGAUCUUCGAUUGUAUCUGCGGCGUCUACGGUCAGGUUGAUGAUGGCACUCACAGCGUCGCGUGUGAGACAUGUAAUAUCUGGCAACACAGCAAAUGUGUAGGGAUCAGCGAGGAAGAAGCAGACCGCGAUGAUUUCCAUUUUAUUUGCAAGAGCUGCCGGCAAAAGAGUUCUCUACGUGCGACAACACCGAAGUCCCCGGUCAUCAAAUUAAAGGUCAAUCAGACCAAUGCUCCGUCGUAUCCUAUGAAGUCAGAUAACUCGCCUGUCCCUGAACAGGCUCGACUUGCUCAACGUUCCGGUAUCGUGGUUGAGAUACCCACAAAGCCUGGCGAUGGCACUCAACUGUCUCGCCCGGUCAACGGCGCCGACGACUCGCAACUUGAACCGACCACUCAGCCAGUAAUCCCCAUAAAGCAAGGGGGCCAACCAAGCGCCCCUUUGCCAUCAUCACCGUUCGCCAACGGCGACGGGCUUAAUCCAUUCUCCUCUCCGCACCCGAAUCUAUCACCUCCCGAACAGUCGCCCAAUAAAGCCAGGGCCUAUUCAACCAUGUUCAACCCGUCAUCCUCGCCAAUCCCAAGAAGUCGUUCAGGGGACAAAGCGCCGCAGAAGGGAUUGUUCCAUGUCUCGCCGAAGGUCAAUGGCUCUAUACAACCGACACCAUCAAGUAGUCUCCCGCCUCAUGCAGAUGCAUACGUACCUCCAGUCGCAGCUAGGUCCGACUCACCCUUGAAGCAACCUUUUGACGCCGCUACUCAUAAUUUGGCGGUCCUUUCCCCUCCGACGGUGUCAUUCCCUGCUGUAGCGCGGCCUCCAAGUAGUGAUGCCAGUACCCAGCAUGCGACACUUACCACUCCGCAACUCAAAAAGCAAGGAGUAAGGCUUGAUAUAACACCUAGUCUCCCGCCGACCCAGAAUGGGCUCUCACCCCUGAAACGCUCAUCGCCGCCCAACCGGCGCUCCGGUGGUGGCCCAUCUUCAACACCAGCACCUGCAAUUCUGCCACCAGCGACAGCAUUAUCACCGUCACCCGCCCAGCAAAUUUUAACACCGCCAGUCAAGUCUGCUGAUCCCGGGCGGUCAGCAUCACAUAACUCCGGCGGCGUCAGUGGGGGCGGAUGAUCCGACAUGUCUCAACCAGAAUGCUUGAAUAAGCAGCCGACUGGAUAUAUCCGAGUCGUCGAGUGAUGAAAGCUUCUGUAGCCUCAAUGAGGCAAAUUGCGGUUUUCGGACCAACUCUCGCAUUGCGACUUGGAUUGUCAUCAGUGCGAUGAGAUCACAAAUUCCGAACCCAUCAUUCACCAGCAAUUACCUUUCGACAUGUCAUCACAGGACGGGCAUGUUUUCGUGCUCUAGUAGCAUAGAUUUCCGCCUCAAGGGGGACUAGGCAAAACAGCCUUGUAGGUGGCACUUUUAUUAGGCCUUUGGAAGCAUAGAGGCGUGGAAGCAUAAGAGGCUGCAAUACUAGACAGUUGCAUGAUGCACCUUAUGGCGUACAAGAUAGGGCGAACUUCGAUAUGUAGAUUAACGGAGACGUAUAAGACGUGCUUUUAUAUGUGCUGAUGACGAAAAAUCGAGCCGGCCCAGUAAUUAUUCUGUGCUUUACUUAUUUACAACGAGAGGGGAUCGGAAAUCAGCGUGAC